AAGUCAAGUGAAUAAUAAGAAAACUUCGUAGAUGACAAUGUAAACGUGUCACUGUAUAAACAAAUAUAUAGAAAAGUACCUGGGAUUCCGAUUUGGAUUGCAGAAAUCAGCAAGCAAGCAUGGGUAGCAAGAAUGGAUGGCAUGAUCACCUCGUCUUAGGCAUCUGGCUUUCUAUGACUUUAACUGCUGGGUCAACCCAGGGGGAACAUUUUUCCCCACCAACCAACCUUACUUUGAAUAUGAACAUAUUUACUCUGCGAUGGGAAUGGGAAUCAUCAAAUAACAACAACACAGUUUGCAAAACAUAUUAUUACAGUUAUGUUAAUCGACCAAAAGAAAAUCCUAAAAGCUACAGAAGCACUGCCACCUCUCGGACUGAAUCUACACUUGAAAUUAAUUUAAACAAAUGGAUUAAUUUUAGUGUUCAUUUGGGAUGUCCAGAUGGGAGCAGACAAACUGAAAAAACAAGUAUGGCCACUUUGUUGGUUUCAGGUAAUGCAAAAACUGCUGUGAGAAAUUUCAACUGUGUUUGGUACAAUAGUAAGUACAUCAAUUGCACAUGGUUACCUGGAGAGAAAGCACCUCCCAAAGUCAACUACACUUUACAUUACUGGGUGAAAAGUGAGAGUUCUAACAUGGAACUAAAAGUACCUCAUUCUAGACUGUUUGAAGAGUUCUUAGACACGGCACAGACUUGCAGCCAGUAUACCUAUGAGAAUGGGGUUCCUGUAGGAUGCCAUUUUGAAUUUACCAAUGAAAUAGAAGAACUUCAAUUUGUGGUUGCAGACGUAAUUAAUAAACACGUUGAGCCCUUCUACUCAUGGAUGAAACCUUUUUCUAAAUUGCAGUUCCCUCCACCAAUCAUCAAAAUAUCAAGACAUGAUAAAGGGGAGGUAUAUGUCAGCUGGAAUGUAUCAGGUCAACCAUCAAGAAAAUUACCAUAUCAGUAUCAAUUAUAUAUUUUUAAUUUAAAUAAUGAAAAAGCACUGCCUACGGAACCCUUUACCCAGGAAAAUGAGAUGAACAGCAAGCAAAUCGAAAAUAUAGAUCCUGAUGCCAAAUACACAGUAAAAUUGAGAACUAGAUAUGACACUGAAUACCCCUGGAGUGAGUGGAGUGAGGAAAAAAAUAUUUUAGGGAAACCCAACUCUUGGACCAGAAAUAUCAUCUUAGCUACUGUAAUCCCCAUCUCUGUGACCAUCUUCACAGUCAUUGCUGUUAUUUAUAUGAAAAGAUUUUUUCUAUGCAUUUUUCCUCCAAUACCUCAUCCUGGAAAAAUAUUUGAAAAAUCUUUCAGCAACCAAAACAACUUACAGCAAUUCAUGCAAUACAAUAUUAUAAAAGAAAAUGAAGAUGUUUGUUCUGUUAUUCUGGCAGAGUCUCCUUUGAGCUCAUCCAGCUCCUCCACUUGCUCCUCUUCUGUAGAGUGAAAUUUACAUUCUUCUUUGAACAAAGCAUAAUGCGUGCACCUCCAGAAGAAGAAAUGCCUAAUUUGAGAAAGCACAUAAAACUGCUCAAUGCCUAGUGCUAUUAAGAUUGAUCACACAUUGCUCGGUGAACAAGAAACAGUCCAAGCAGUUGUAUCUGAAUGAUGUCUUCCUUCAUUACUAUAUGGUUUUUUUUUGCAGAGCCAAAGAUCAACUUAUUUCCUUAGUUACAACGUGUUUUCAAGUUUUUAGGAACAUAACAGUUCCUCCUCGUUACAUUUCUUUAUUUCUUUGGAGGGGUUUUGAAUGACUAUAAACACAGAAAAAAAAACUGAUAAGAUUCAGCUCAACCUUUGAUUAACUUAAGAAACGGAAAAUGACCUGUGACUAUAUAACAAUGGCUUCAAUGUGAAAUCUAUCCCAAGGACAUUAUAGGAGAUUUACAAAAUGUUCCUGUUCUGAAAACUAGUCCAAAGUUCAAAAAGUGAGGCAGUCACAAUAUAAACCGAUGGAAUAAGCAGAUGAAAAUGGAAUAAGCAAGAAUAUUUCUGAUUACGCCACUUUUAUAACUUUACACCAAUUUACGGAGUACAACACUUUGAUACAUCUCCCCCACUGAGUCGGACGUAAUACAACUUUUUAAAUCUUUUAAAUAUAAAACUGUGUGUGAAUUUCACCUACCAAGACAUUCCAAUGAGCUACAGAAGACCAUUUGAGUCACAUCUUUCCAACCAAUGAAUGCCUGAUACACUUGCUGAGACAAGUGAGGUUUUCUCUCUCGAGUUAGUAAUUGGCUGAGGUUGGUGAGGCACCACAAUUCUUGACUAAGCACGUGUCGGUCAUAUGCAAGUAUUGGGAUUUGUGUACAUUACAUUAUAUGUAUAGUGGGUUGUUUGUUGUUUUUAUAGUGGACAUUUGUUGUUUGAAGGUAUCAUUUUUUUCAACAAUUUUUAUUUUUAUACUUUUGUAUUAUGGAACAGUACAGUAUUAACAUGGGGUAGAGACUUCAAAGGGCUAACAAGGGUUAGAAAAGGGAGUUGGAAAGCAAAGUUCGUAAGUAAGAAACAUCCCCUUAACAUUGUAUACAGGUGGGUCAGGGAUGGAUGGGGUGGUUAGGAUAGGGAGGGUCAAUGAAGGAGGCAGCCAAACUCUAAUUAUCUCUAAAGAUGAUUUAGGUGGAAUUAACUAAUUGGGCAGGAUUGGCUGGUAUGGUCUGGUUUGGGCAUUGGGUAUGACAAUCUAACCAAGGCAUCUAUGCAGGAGUAACAAUUUCAAAGAGGCCUGGAGGGAUCAGAUUGAUUUUUAUUUUACUAGUUUUAUGGGGUUGACGUAGUUUGACAUUAUAUUCAUUAGUGUCCAUAUUAAGUAACACCCAACUGUCCCUAUUUAGGAAAGAGAGUCCUUUUUCUUUUACCCAAAUCCCUCUGAUCCUCUUUUAUAAUGUCCCUCUUUUCUAGGCAAUUUAUACUGUUUUUUUU